AUGUCACAAGUGGAGGUUACUCCUCCAAAACACCAGCAGGAUGAGCAUGUCGAGUCCAUCGAGGCUGAACAGUCCACCAAGCCUGCUCCGGCAUCUCAAGAUGCCACAGGGGCAAAAAAGGAUGAUGCGCUGCAGCUGAUUGAGGAUAUGGGCUACUCAACUAUCCUCACCCCUGAGAAUAACAAGCAAGUGCUGCGCAAGAUUGAUCUGCGUCUUCUCCCUAUCCUGCUGGCAAUCUACUUUCUCCAGCAACUCGACAAAUCAACCCUGUCAUAUGCAUCUGUCUUCGGUCUCAUUGAGAAAGCCCAUCUCCAUGGCAAGAUGUACUCGUGGCUAGGGUCGGUGGUUUACCUGGCUCAGCUAGUCUUCCAGCCAUUGGUGUCCUACCUUUUGGUCAAGGUGCCACUAGGCAAAUUCCUAGCCGUAUCCUGUCUGCUCUGGGGUAUUGCCCUGUCCUGCAUGACUGCCGCGAAUACCUUUGCUAGCUUAUUGGUGUGUCGACUAUUCUUGGGUAUCUUCGAGGCUGGUAUUGCUCCCGCUUUCAUCGCCGUGACCCAAAUGUGGUAUCGACGUCGCGAGCAGCCAGUAAGAUUGGGAUCAUGGUAUGCGAUGAACGGAGUGGUCAAUAUGUUUGGAAGUCUCAUAACUUAUGGACUGGGACACAUCAACUCUUCUGUCUUUGAGCCAUACCAGAUUAUCUUCCUUUUUUUCGGACUGAUCACUGUGGGCAUGUCUGCCGCAAUCUUCUUUUUCAUGCCCGAUUCUCCAAUUACUGCGAAAUUCCUACCCGAAGAAGACAAACUGGUGGCGAUCGAAAGACUUCGCAUGAACCAACAGGGCAUGGAGACCCAUGAAUGGAAAUGGGACCACGUGAAGGAGGCCGCUCUUGACAUCAAGUCAUGGCUUUGGUUUUCCUUGAUGCUUACUAUCUCAAUCCCGAGUGGUGGAAUUACGACUUUUGGCCCAUUGAUUGUAGAAUCCUUCGGAUUCGAUCAACUAAAUACUAUUUUGCUGAAUGUUCCUUUUGGAGCAGUGCAGCUGAUUGCUACAAUGGGCGGCGCUUGGCUAGCCACCUUUUGGAAAAUGAAGAGCCCAGUUCUGGCAAUGCUGUGCCUUCCGCCCAUUGCGGGAUGCUGUAUGCUUUUGAAUCUUCCUCAUGAUGACUCCCACAAGGGACCUCUUCUAGUCGGUUACUAUAUUAUCUCCGUAUACCCUGGAAUCACACCUUUGAUUUACUCGUGGUCAGCCGCCAACACAGCCGGUGAGACUAAAAAGAAGGUCACCACCGGUAUUCUGAUUGUGGGACAAUGCGUUGGUAACGUUAUCGGACCAACUCUUUAUACCACGGAAGAAGCACCGCUGUACAAGCGCGGCCUUACCGCAAACCUUGCUCUAUUCUGCGUGCUAAUUGUUUUGAUUUCAUUGAACGCGGCUUAUCUGUUUGUCCUCAACAAGAAACACGAAAAACAACGUGUUGCUGCUGGAAAAGACGCCAAAGUGGUGGAUCACUCGAUGCACGCCGUUGGAGCCGUGGAAACCGACAAGGAGGGCGCACCCGUCCAGCAAGUAGUCAACGACAACGCUUUCAAGGAUCUGACCGACUGGGCAAACGAGGAUUUUGUUUAUGUCCGAUGCGACGGAGAGAGACCGUGUGGAAGAUGCGAAAGAUUGGAGAAACAAUGUGUUUUCUUUGAGAUUCCAAAAGAUCCCGUUUCAGAACGAAUUGAAGGUAUUGAAUGUGAGGUUCAAUACCUUAGGAGACAACUAGAUGAGAUGCGAAACCUGUUGCAACAUAAUCGAUCCCACCCAUCAGUUCAUUCUCAAGAAAAUGUGUCGCCACGCCAAGUCCUAGAAUCGCAGCAACACGAAGUUCGUGGAGAUAGCGGGUGCCCUUCAUCCCACUCUCAGAUCACCCAUGCAGAGGAAGAUAUCGUGACUCUUGCCGUGCCCGAUGGUCCGGUUUACAUGAAUACUCAUACUGGGAAUUCAUAUCCAAGAUCAAGACCAGAUCUCUCUUCUCCGCAUGAAAUCUCUGUUCAACCACGAUACGAAGCUCCCAUUAAUGAAUUAUCUUCACUAAAACGCAAACGAUCUUGCUUUGAAAUUAGUGAAGAUUCAGUCGCAGACUUUAUUGAUAAAGGCCUUAUUACAAUAGAGUGUGCUGUCUCUUGUUUUGAUACCUUCUUCCAAGGUUGCGAUCGAUAUAUUCCAAUAUUUGACCCUCAGCAUGAUACUUUUGAAUCGGUAAGAUCUCGAAGUAGCAUUCUCCUGAAUGCAAUAUGCACCAUUGGAAGCAUGGUCGAAAUAGGCACUGGGGGCCAGAUGUCCGACAUGCUACACGCUGAACUGAAAAAAUGGAUCAACGUCAUAAUUCAAAAUAAGGGCCUGAACUGUCUCGAAUCAGUACAAGCAAUGUUGGCGGUCGCUUGUUAUUCUUCAGAGCGGCUUCUUAUUUUGUCUUUUGCUACUCGAAUGGCGCUUGAUCUAGGUUUACAUGAGGCUUUCGAGGAACUCACCGAGCGACUUGCGAUGAAGAAUGACGAAAAUUUAUAUGAAGUUCCGGACCAUGACUUUGAGCGAGAGCGGGAUCUCAUGAGGAAAUCGAGAACGUGGUUUGGGCUUUUGGUGCUUGAACAUAUACGCUGCCGAAUUCUACUCAGUCAUCCCUCUUCUACAGUUCUUGAUCUUCGACUAUUUUCUCAAGUCGAGCUCAAUAUCCUCCGAGCAACGAUCAAUGACAAUCUUGGAUCGGGAACAACAUUAGAUCGACCCAGAAUAUCAGACUUCGUCCACGAGAUGAAAAUCGACCUAGACCUAUGGUUCGACGACUGGCUCCGAAUAAUCGAAAGCUCAACAUCCGCACGAGAGGAAAAGCCAUUCCUCAUCGUUGCACUACGAGUACAAAAAUGCUGGGCAGAGAUGAUGCUCAACUGCAAAGCUUUGCGAGCCAUGGGCGUCGAAAAUGUAGCCGCCAUGUCGGCAACCGAACGGAGCAUUCUUCUCACGGCCAAGUCUAGUGCUCGUCGACAUCUCCGCCUAAUCAUUCUUGAGCCGGACUACUACCUUGCCAAACUGAAAUACGCAAUGGAUUUUGUUUGGGCCAAGUGUGCGUUUUCAUUCUUACUUCUUCUCAAGCUUUCACGACUGCUCCCCGAACGGGAUGACGAGAACCAAGAGCUUCUUGAGCAUGGAAAUCGGUUAUUGUAUGAGUUGAACAAAGCCGGUUCGAAUGGGAGUCAUUCUGGAGCGGGAAAUAUUUAUCUUCAGAUCUUGAAGGUAAGUAUCGAGAAGUAUGGUCGGGCUUUGCAGGAAUCCCAGCAGCCCAGUAGCGGCGGUGGCGGCGGCUCUACGGCCACAUCGCCAUUCUGGGAAUUGUUUGAUGCCCAGGCAGACCUUCAGUGGUUUGUGCCGGAACAGUUUGUGUCAGAGUGGGAUUUUCCGGGAUUGAAUUUGUUUUAUUUCCCCACUGCAUGGCAGGAUUUCUUCGGAGAUUUCUCCUUGGCUAUGUAA